AUGCCCAGUAUAGAUGAUCCCGAGGCGCUGAGCGCCGCUGUAGCUGGAAUGGAAGAUGAUCCAGAGCUUAUGGCAGCUUAUGCAGAAGCGCAGGCAGAAUUGGCAAACAUGAUGCCGAAGAGUAAGAAAAAGAAGAAGAAAAAGAAUAAAAAGGGGCAGCUAGGAGCGGAAGUUGCCGAGCUCGAAAACCUAAUAAAACAACUGGAAGGAGCUGAUGAUAUCGUCGCUGCUGAUGCCGCUCUCGAAGCGCUUAAAAUGUCCGAGCCAAAGAAGAAAAGCAAGAAAAAGAAGAAGCAACAGCUCGAGCCAGAAAUGCCCACAGAAGAAGAACUACUCAAUGCUGAGGACUUGCAGGAUCUACCUCAAGAAGUGCUGGACGAACUUCGAAACUAUGAACCGACGGAGGAAGAAAUUGCAGCCGAGUUUGAACGACUCAAGGCGGAGAAAGAACAAAAGAAGAAGAAAAAAAUGAAAAAGAAGAAAGAAGAGCAACUUUUCGAUCUUGGUGUGGACGAUGAGACUGGCGAAGCUCUUCGCAUGGACGAUCCUGAGCUUCUCAGAGAACUAAUCGAUCAGGAAGAGGAUCCAAUGAUGAAGAAGCACCUUCAGAAGCUCUUGAAAAAGACGAAAAAGAAAAAGAUCAAGAAAGAAAAGGUCGAAAAUCGCGACAUCGGCGAAUUCGACGAUCGAGCCUUUCACGAUUCAGGCGAUUUCGGCUGGAGCCAGAAAGAAAUCGCCAAGAAAGUUUACGUCCCCACUGCAGAUGAAAAUGUCGAUGCGAUGGACACUUCCGAGCUUCAUGAAACAGAAGCAUUAAUCCCAGGAACAGAAGACUUUGGCCCAGCGCUUCCAGAAACUGGAAUCGCUCCUCGACCCGAAGCUGGUGCGAUUCCUGGCGGUUCAAAACUCAAGCCCGUCCUUGAUGAUGAAGAAGUUGAAAAACGUCUUCGCCAAAAGGCGAUGGAGAAAGCCAUCCAAGAGCGACUGGACAAGCGAAUGAUGCGGGCAAAGAAAAUCGAGGUAAAAAUGGCGAAGUGGAUUUCGACGCAGCGUUCUCUCAAAGACGAAGCGAAGCAGCUCACGGAAGAUCGCAUUAAGCGCGCCGAAGUGAUCAAUGAAAUCAUCGCUCCCGGCGUCGCGAAGAAAAACGAAGAAGAAAUCGCGAAUCGAAAAGACAUCGUCAGUCAAAUUCGUGAGCGCCUGCGAAAGGAAAUCACCGAUGAAGUCCGCAAAGAAAUCGAAGAUGAAGAAGAUCGAAUCCAACGAAAAUAUGAAAAAGCUCCGGAAGCACCAAAGGUGUCGGCAGCGGUGAUGGACGCCAUCCAGAUGUCGGACGCUUGGGAGUCUUUCUGGCGACGAUACAAAAGUCAGUUGCAAGACUGGAAGCAGUGGAGCGACGAGCAAGAAGAGUAUCACAAGCAAGCAGCUGGUUGGUACUUCACCCAAGGUUUUAUUCAGUCGCAAGUGGCGAACAAUGUCCCUGCCGCGCCCGACGAAGAUCCAAACAACGCGGUUGCGGACCCCGAUGUGGAGCAAGCUGGUCCUCUGCUCCCGGGCCAAACCUCGGUGGAAGAAGAAAAACCGCGAGAAAACCCGGAUGAUCCACCGCCACCACCAACUCAUCGCCCGGAAGACGAAGCUGAUGACGAGGAGGAGGCAAAACUCGACGAAUUCCAGCGAAAACUCAGGCGAAGAAAGGAGAAAAAGCUUGAAAAAUACGAAGCUCUUUUGAACGACCCAAUCUUCUCCGGAAAAAAAGGAAGCGAAGAUGAUGCCCUGGGGAGCGAAGGACGGCGAAGUGCAAAUGGAACCCGAAUGCUCAACACUGUCCGUGGCCCCCGUGCAAUCCAGUCCUCCACAGUGGGAACCAACUUCUUGCCGACCCAGGACGACGCCCUCCAAUUCAUCAAACUCGAAAGAUUCCGUCGAGAUCGGCAUCGUUUUAAAUCAUCGGAUCUUGAUUCGGACGAGACUGAAUCGGAGGAUGAAAGCGCGGAGAAACGGCAGCGUGGAAGUCGUCUUCCUCCAUGGAUGGCAAAGGCGACGGAAACUAUGGACCCAAAAACGCUGACGACAACUGUGAUGAACGCUUCGGCGACGAACAUCAACCAGCCGGGAGAAAUGAUCAAUCCCGCGGGAGAGGAGGUCCAAAUUUCAUCGUCUUCGGAGUCGGAAGAAGAUGAGGAACGCGCUGAAAGGCGUCGAGCGAUGGCGGCAAAAUUUAAUCCGAACGCCAUCUAUGGAGAAUCGACAAUCUCUGCCGCUCCAGACAUCAAAAAACCUGCUGCGAGAAAGAGCGAAAGAGUAAAAGAAUGGAGCAUGUAUGGAACCGCCGCAAAUGCUCAGGAUAGCGACAUAAGAGCAGAAGAGGGCGACACCUUUUCUUUCGACUUUUCUGCGAAACCAAAUGAAGAAACAAGCACGGAAGCAACCAUCGCAGCGAAAAAGAAGCUCUUCGGUCGAAAGGGCGAGACUCCAAAAUAUCUUCCAGAAGAAGGUGGACCCGGCCAGGGUGUAGGCAUUCACAAAGAAGGUCCUCUCAAGGGUCUUCCCAAACAUUGGCAACAGCAAACUGGUCUUCGCCAGCGACCCAGGGAAACUUACGAGCAGCAAUUUGUAGAAGUCUCUGAAGAUCACCUGCCGCCAACUCAACGAGAACUUCCUGAAUUCGUCCAGGAUCUUCCUGAUGAAAACGCAGUGUUGGAUGCGGCGAACAUGGCUGUCCGCGACUACCAGAAGCAACAACUGUAUCAGCAAUCUGGAAAGACAAAAAUGGAGCAAUACUUGAAGAGACGUGCUGAAGAUACGCGUUUCGCUGUUGAAGGUGUCAAGAAACCAGAUAAGAAAGAGGAGGAUAAUGUCGUGCUCGAAGAAGAAAACCUCGAGUUUGAUCCCUCCGCGUUCUUUGGCGAUACAGGAACUGGCGGUCUCUUCUCAGGCACAAAAGACACCGUUGCCAAAAAGGAUGAAAAGCCUAAGCGCUCGAAAUAUGCAGGUGGCUUCGGCUCCACCUGGAAAAAGAAGAAGGAAGAGACGAAAAAGAUCGAACUCAAUCUUAAUUCUGAAGCUGCGCAAGCUCUUGCUGGAGAAGAGGAGAAAAAAGAAGAAAAAACGGAGAAGGAAAAAGAAGAUCUUCCAUCAUUCCUCAAAGAGCCCGUCUUCGAAAAGGACGAUUCAGAGGAGUUCGGCUGGGGUGAAGGAAACCAAAAUCGACGAAAAGGCACAAAAGCCAAAAAGCGAAAAGACGUCGACGGAGAAGUUCUUGGGGAAGAGAAGAAAAAGAAGAAAUCCAAGAAAUUCGAUGCGUCCUGGAUGAAACGAGUCGGAGAAGACCCCGACAAGCCGCUGAAGGAACAGUCCUACGAUGUUGAUGAGUCCGAACUUCGGACAUAUGAUUCGGCGAACAAGAAGGCGGAGUCGGAGACAACUAGACAAGACGCUGGCGAUCGAGAAGAUCGAGAUUGGGGAGCUUGGAAGCCGCGUAGCAGACAAGUCAAAGUUCCUGAAGAAAAAGAGAAACAGGUCCGAAAGUACAAGGAAGGAGAAAUCUCCGAACUUCACAAAAAGCUACUGGAUCCUGCUCGAUUUGACUAUGACCCGGACUUUGCGCGUGCUGGCUCACUCCAGUUCAUGCAUCCGCUCCAGUGCUCCAAGGUCCUCGGCCGUCCAUAUCCUGAAGAUUUAGCUUCAAAGGGACAGGUCGCUUUUGAUGAUGACAUCGUCGCAUACCGGGAGCCCAAGGCAUUCGUCGAUCCCGCUGAACUUGGUCCUGAAGCACCCCCAGAUGGGGCGAUUUUCUGGGGCAUUCCUGAAGAGGUAGAAACUGCGCCUCGAUUGGUUGUUCUCAAAACUGGAAUUCCCGAAAACUGCCCUGGUCCUGAGCCGAGAGGUUGGCUCGACGGCCUCAAACGACGAAAGUGGUACGAGAAGGCGAACCAGCCCGAAAUUCGCCCUGUUCAUCCAGCGUCCUACUUCAAAAAGGGCGAGCAGCUGCAUCAAGACAAGACCUUUGGUGUCUUCUACCAUCCCAAGUACUACGGAAAGACGAAGUCGCAGAAGCAACUCGAGGCGCAACAAAGUCAAAGUAUGGCUGUCGACGAAGCCCGUGAAUCGUUACGCCAGUCGUUCAAAGUCUAA